UUGCGCAUUUAUUCGACAGUUUACGGCUUGUACGCAUGUACGUUCAUCAGUUAGUACGGUAGACGGAAGGGGGCGUGGCUAGUGACUUUUGCAGAGACAGUGAGGUGUUGUCAACUUUAUGGAUCACGAUACUGUGCCGGUAUGAGGCCCCUGCCACUGGCCACACUUCUCCUGUCCCUGCUCCUGACAGCAGGAAGUGAUGUCACAGGAACAGAGGUGGACAGGAAGCCCAACUUCAUCCUGAUGAUAGUGGAUGACAUGGGCAUUGGUGAUGUGGGUUGCUAUGGCAAUGAUACCAUCAGGACUCCUAACAUAGACAGACUGGCUUCAGAGGGGGUCAAGCUCAAUCAGCACAUUGCCGCUGCUCCUCUCUGCACCCCCAGCAGGGCCGCUUUCCUUACGGGGCGCUAUGCGCUUCGCUCAGGCAUGGGCAGUACAGGUCGUGUGCAGGUGCUGCUAUUCCUGGGAGGUUCAGGAGGGCUACCCCCCAAUGAGACCACCUUCGCUAAGAGGCUGCAGCAGCAAGGAUACACCACUGGCCUUGUGGGUAAGUGGCACUUGGGUGUGAACUGUGAACGCAGAGGGGACCACUGUCACCACCCCAACCAGCAUGGCUUCAGCUACUUCUAUGGUAUGCCUUUCACCCUUUUCAAUGACUGUGUGUCUGGAGAGGGGACAGAUGUGCUGGCAGACCUCCAGCACACGCUCAGAAACCUGUCACUGAUGCUUGGACUGGGACUCGUCACGUUGGUGUGUGUCCAUGUGUGUGGCCUUCUUGAAAUCAGCCUGCGCCACCUGGCAGCGCUGACUUGUCUCAGCGUCUUAGCCAUUACUGUGUGGUAUGUUCCCUUUGUACUCCUUCCAACCUGGAAUUGCAUCAUCAUGAGGAACCAGGAAGUGGUUGAACAGCCAAUGACUGUGGAGACGCUGCCGCAGAGGCUACUGGGAGAGGCACAAAACUUUAUUAAGAGGAAUGCUGAUCGCCCAUUCCUCCUCAUCUUUUCGUUGCUUCACGUCCACGUACCCCUCUUCGAAACCCCCGGCUUUGCUGGCAGAAGUCGCCAUGGUCGCUAUGGUGACAACAUGGAAGAAAUGGACUGGAUUAUAGGCAAAGUAACAGAGACUGUGGAUUCCCUCGGUCUAGCCAAUAACACUCUAAUGUACUUUACGUCAGACCAUGGCGGCCACAUAGAGGAUGCUGACGCCCGUGGCCAGAAGGGAGGCUGGAAUGGUAUCUAUAAAGGUGGGAAGGCUAUGGGGGGCUGGGAGGGUGGGAUCAGAGUUCCCGGUAUCUUCCGCUGGCCUGGCAGGCUGCCGGCUGGGAGGGUGGUGGACGAACCUACCAGCCUCAUGGAUCUGUACCCUACACUCAAAUAUCUGGCCCAGGACACACAACCGGACAGACUAUUAGAUGGCUACAACCUCAUGCCAUUGUUGGAGGGAGCGGCUGAGCGAUCAGAGCACGAAUUCAUGCUCCACUAUUGUGGCAUCUACUUGAACGCAGUGCGCUGGCACCCACCGGGGAGUGACUCCAUCUUCAAAGUGCACUUUUUCACUCCCAACUUCACUCCCCCGGGAGCCGGCGGUUGCUAUGAGACCAAGGUCUGCUUGUGCCAUGGAGACUACGUGACACACCACAACCCCCCGCUAGUCUAUGACCUUUUCCACGACCCCUCGGAGUCCCGCCCACUGACCCGCGAUACUGAGCCACGAUUUGCUGAAAUCCUCGAACAGACUGCCAAGGCCGUGGAGAGGCAUCGAAGUACACUCCCACAGAAUCAGGCGGGCGACUCACACACGGCCAGCGUUCCAAACCAGAUGAGCUGGGAGAAGAUCCUGUGGAGACCCUGGCUCCAGCCUUGCUGUGGGACCUUUCCAUUCUGUGGCUGUAAAGAAGACACAACACACACUUAACGCUGCGCUAAGUAGUUUUCUGACCAGUAGAGGGUGUCAAGAGCACAAAUUCCAUUUGUAAGUGCAGGACAGCUACAGUUGAGUUUGAUGGCAGAAAAUCUUGAAUUUACAUGCAUCAGAUUUCUGCUGUCAGUCCCUCAGAAUUAGGGUUUCUCUCUAGACUCAUCCUUUGUCACUGACAACAAUCCUAUACGGAGAAAUCCAUCUUCCAAAAGCAGAGAUAAGAUUUUUUUCCAUCAACAUUAGGAUUUGACAUUUUUCCAGAUGAAUUCUAGAUUUUCUAACCUAAAAUGUGACCCCUGUCACAUGCUAAUCUGGCUACUGAUUUUGCCAUCUUUAAUGACAGCGAGUGGGGUUUUGGUUGAGUAAGAUUAUUUGAGCUAGUGUUUGCCUGCUGAUAACGUGAUAUAAACUGUUAAUGAAAUGGUUUGUGAAAAUGCCACCUAACUCGCUAGCGAGGAAACGUUCAGCCAAACAGCCGGCUAACUUCGUAGGCUAUAUGUAACACUUGCUUACUGGCUAAACAGAGUCCCUCUCCCCCUCCCAUUUCCUAAACACUGUGGCCGAAUCCAUGAAGCAAGGGAGCAAACACGCUUUCCUUGCUGGUUUCUGUUGCCACUGUCUCCCUCUAGUGGUCAGAAAAAAAAAGGCCUUUUGCAACAUUUUGGUUUAUUUACUGGACUACAUUUACAUUUUGGACAGAAGGCACAACAGCAACAACAGACAUGUAAAUUAAGUCAGGUGGAUUUGUUGUGUGUGCAGCACAGCAUGUAUGUGAUGUACUAUCCUAGCCACGACCCGAGCCACGUCACCACCAAGACCAUGCAGGAGGACAGACUCCACAUGCACUCGGGAGACUCCCAUCAUACAAUUCACACACACAGCAGAAAGGACAAGAAGGGUGUCAGAUAUAGAAAAUAAAGAGUGAUGAGAAGCAUACCAAGCCACAUUCAAAACAGCCGGGACCUCUAGCUACGCACAGUGUUGAGCAAUCAGAUCAUUCCUUAAAAUCUGGGUUUAUUUGGCAGUAUUUUCACCGAGACCAUCGAGGCCAUCGAAAUGGGUUUAAUUGUAUUCAUAACUUAAGGAAAAGUUUCUCAAAGACCAUGAGGCAAAUGUCCACAACACUGACUACUUACAUUAUUUUGAUCAACUUUACACUACUGUACCCUCUGUCAGACAAUAAGACUGGACAAUGUGCUUCUCAUUGCACCAGACCGUGAAGUUUGUGCAAUACACACAGUUUUCUCUCUCACACACACAUACACACAUACAUACAUACGAAGGCUGUGUCUCUUGUGGUGAAAAGCAGAAAAAAACUUUCAGAUGUGAACAAUAGAAAACAUGAAGAAGGGAUGUGACUGAUGUGAUUCUGUUGAAGUUUUGUAAUUAUUAUUUUCCAUGCAGUACAACGCUGAACCCUGCGGGGACCUUGUUGGACCAAAGAGAAGUACUGUAGAAACAGUAAAUAAGAAAAUGCUUUUGCGAUUUUUGUACUUGAUAUUUAAAUAGCAGUACAAAUUUACUGUUGUCUUCCAGAUGAGACACUGUAGGACUUUGUCGUGUUUAUUUGUAAGGAUACGUGUAUAUGUAUAUGUUGUAAUCAGAUCACCAGAUCAUACAGCCAUGAUCUGAUUAACUCCUGAUUUUAAAAAAAAAGUAAAACAUUGGAAUUUCAUGUUACCUUCUUGUCAGCAGUACUCAGGAAAGCGUUUUAUUAUGAAAUUAUGCAAUUGACUGUACCAUGCCUUAUUACUGUAUACACACUGAAUGGUGUAUGACGUGUCUGUUGUUUGUUUUUUGUUUUUUGUUUUUUGUUUUUGUUUUUUGGGGGGGGGGCUUGCUCACCAUGAGGAUUAUGUCAGGUGCUGUCAUCCUGUUGUAAACUUGUGGGCAUGUAAAGCCCUUUGAAGCUGUAAACAGUGAUAUUGGGCUUUAAAUAAAUUUGAA